CACUUUGGAGCUCAAACGUUCGUCGCCGCGCGGUCCGUUCAAACGUGUUUCGCUGCCGAGCGCAAAGCUGGUUGCUUCCUUUUCGUUUCAUUUCGUUUCGUUCCGCUGCCUUUUUGCCGGUCUUUCAGCGCAUGCGCGGAUGCGUGCCUCGCGUCGUUGCAUUGCGUUGUGUUGCAUUGCGUGCGGGGUGCAUUGUGUGUGCGUGCGUGUGCUUGGUGCGACGCUUUAAAUGGCGUUUUAAGUGAAAUUAAAAUGACGGAUGUGCUGUAAUUUGCACACUCACGCUACAACAACAACAACAACAACAACAAAGAGUAUAGGCAAACAAGAAGUCCAAGAAUCAAGAGAUAUAUAAAUAAUAACAACACACACACGGUGGUUCGGCGAUGGGGCGUUGUAUUUGUGGUAGCAUGUGCCUUAGUUGAUCGAAUUAAGUGCGAGUUUGUAGCGCCCGCGGGACCGGGAUCGGAAUCGGGAACUGCAAUUGACUGGCCGGCCGCCGACUGCCCCACCGACCGGAAAUGCAAGCAACAAGUGUAUAGUAGUAGUAGUAGUAGCAACACCCCCGCCCAGGAAGCGGCGGCAAUAAGUGCUAAUAAGUGAGCCAGAGACAAGACCGGAUGCAGGGCACUAGUAAUUGCCAAUUUUAGGUCUCUACGGUUCUGUGUCUGUCGUUUCGUUCAAUUGGAAAAAUCUGUGAGGGCUCCACUGGACUGUGUUUGUGUUUUUGGUGCAUAUUUUUGUUUUUGUGCCGCUGCUGUCAUGCUCAGGCGACUCAUAAAAUAUUUGCCUAAGUAACUGACUAAGCCAAGCAACUAACUAACAUCGUCACGCACUGCGACCAGCGCAGCUCCCUCCCGCUCUAUUACUCUCACCUGUGCAACAUGCGGCUGUUGCUGCGUCUUCGGUGGCCCCCCUCCCCCGCUGAUAAAAACAAAAGGGAGUCCCCCCGCAGCCCAAACAAAAGCUAAAAAGCACAAACAAGAGGCAAGCUAAAAAAAAAAACAGGCAACAGGUCGCGAAAGAACAAAAAACAAAAGGGGAGACACGCGAAUCGAGAAAAGAAAAAAAAAGUAAAAAAUAAAAACUCAAGGUGCGUUGCACUCGUUUUGGCCGCGUUUUGUCAUUGAUUCCGCGGAUGCGAAAUAGCAUGCAGCAGUUGCAGUUGCAACAAAAAGACGCAACAGCUGCUGCGACAAUAGCCGGGCCGAAAGCACCCAGCACAGGCAAAAGCAAAAGCAAAAGCAAAAGCAAAAGCAACAGCAAGAGGCAACUGGCCAAAGCCAGGCCCAGAGCCAAAACCAAGCGCUAGUUGCACCGAUUAUUUCAAGCAUCCACCUCCACCUCCGCCUUCGCCCCCGCCUCACCUGCCACCGCCUGCCUCGCUGCACUUUCCCCCUCCUUUCAACUUCAACUGCUGCCUGUCUUUUGUAACGUGGCCAGAACGUUGCCGGGCAAUUAUUAUUUUGUAAGACGUUUUACAAUUUAAUGGUUUUCAUGAAUGGACUUGGAUCCGACCCUCUGUCAGCAAAGGAGGCAGAGGGCCCUCCGGUUCAGGUCGAACCAGUUGAUCUGAGCUUACGUUCGCCGCGCGCGAGCACCUCGCAUGGCAGCAGCAGUGGCAGCUGCAAGUCCUCUCUGGCGAUUGGUAACAAGGCUAUCGGCUACAGCAAUGGCAAGCAGAGUGGAUCAUCUGGCUCAUCCUCGUCCUCGGGCUUUGGAGCGGCCUCGACCGGUGCCGCAUCGUUGGGGGCCUUCGCCCGACAGCACCAUCACCAGCAGCAGCAGCAGCAACAGCAACAUCAUCAUCAGCAACAGCAACCUACGCAACAACAACUUUAUGCCUCCGGCGUGUCCAAGUUGCCAUUCUCGCCGUUCUUCGCGGCCUCGCCAUUCUUCUUCACCUAUCGACGGAUCAGCGGCAAGCAGGAGGACAACAACAACAGCUGCAGCUACAACAACGGGACCAGCAGCAGCUCGGGAUCGGGGUCGGGCUCUGGGGCAGGUGGCAACAGCAUGCAGGACUACGACCGGAAGUUCUCGCUGCUGAGCCUCUUCAAGAAUCCCUACAAGUUCGGCGACGCCCAGGCGUCCAGGAAGACCUCUCCCACCGGCGGCUCCAGCAAGUCCCUGACCACGGGCUGCUCCUCGUCGCCCAGUUGGAAGAGCUACGCAGGCUCGGGGUCGCCGCACGCCGCCCUCAACCCCGCCUUCGGGGGCAUGGCUCUGGGGGCAACACGCAAGGACAGCAGCAGCUUCAGCGGCAUCAACUUCGGUGGCAGUGCCUCCGCCUUCGGGCGCUCCUCCUCCUCCUCCGACUCGACGGCCAACGGCGGCUACAAUGAUCUCUCCAAGAACCGCAAGGUCCACAAGUGCGAUACCGAAGGCUGCGACAAGGUCUACACCAAGAGCUCGCACCUGAAGGCGCACAAGCGAACGCAUACAGGCGAGAAGCCGUACGUGUGCACGUGGGAGGGCUGCAUCUGGCGCUUCGCCCGCUCCGACGAGCUGACCCGCCACUACCGGAAGCAUACUGGUGUGAAGCCGUUCCGCUGCCAGCUGUGCACCCGAAGCUUCAGCCGCUCGGACCACCUGUCGCUGCACAUGCGCCGCCACUGAGGAUCGGGACUGCCGCACCGGCCAUAACCACACCCAUCACACACAUACAUAUCGGAGAAUACUCAUCUGCGAGAUGCCGCACAUCUGGUGGCAGGGAUCUUGAUUAUUUAUAUCUGCACUUGAAUUCAUUCCAUCGUUUUGCUGAGGACCAGAACGGACGUAUUCCAUAUCGCCUAAGUAGCUCAAUUUAAUGAUAGGCGGGCUCAAAGCCCACUCUAGACGUAGUGCUUAACCGUAGUUCCAGGCUGGAAAGAUUUGUAAAAUUUUUCGCAUUUUAAGCCCAGAGACAAUUGCCUUCAGAAGCCAAGUUAACAAUGUGGAUCUUUACCUACCACACUCUAGCAUUAGUAAGAGAUACACAUAUUUACGGAUAGUUUUUGAUUGGUGCUAGCAACUUGUGUGUACAUAGACUAGAUACCUAGAUAAUCAUUUACAACCUAGUGCGGUAAGGAGAAAUUGACUAAUUUUAGAUGAAAAUUUUAUUGGUUGUUAAGUAGAAAAUUUUAUACGAAAUCAAGCACACAAAAGAGGCAAUAACCAGAAGCCAGGCGGAGCAAUAUUUAUACGACUAGGAGUUCACUCAUCUUGUAGGCUAUACUAUAAACAUUUUGUACUAUACGCAUAUCAAAUGGCAGUUGGUCGAGAGCCCUUGGAUCACAUAUUUCUCUUCUUGGAUCUAUUCAAGUCUGUUUCUUAAAAUACGCACUGAAUUUCAUAGUUUUUUUCCUUCAAAAAAUCGCCUCGAAACCAACUGUCAUCAUAGAUUUUAGCACACUCCCAUAAAGACACGAAAAACUACAAAAAAAAAUUGUAUUAUUUUUGGAAAAAUAAAAAGAAACUGAUACUUUUUUGUACCAUACGAGCAUAACGACGAAGCCUUGGCCGUGUUCAUUACGGAGGGGGCCUGGCCAAAUCCGUCGGGCAUUUUCAUUUGAAUGAAAAAUCAAUUGGCGCACAAUGGGGCUGCGGUUAACCCACAACGGCUCCCGGUCCUGGUCGCAGUCCAGCUCCCCCGCCGCACCAGCAAUGUGGCAAGUUGUCAGCGAGUGGCGGCCGGGCGCUUUUGUGGCAAGAGGCACGCACUCCCCACCAAAUUGUCCAAUUGUCCAGGGGAGCAUUGUCGUCGUCGUCGUCGACUUGGCCAUCGUUUGUCGUUGCCUGUUGGCUGUUGGCCGGUCGCGUUGCCGUUUUCUCAGCAACUUGGCAACAUACAAUUGCGCGUUGUUUGCAAUAAUAAAGAUGACAAAUUUCUCGUCAUUUGCUUGCUAGCUAGCAGCUAGUUGGAUCUUUAAGGCAACUACCAGGGACCCGAGACCUGAGACCUGGGCUAAUACGCAUAACUGGUUGGCUACCGGCUGAGCUACACCCGAGAGUAGGGGCACGAAUUGGAUGACACCUGCAGCGGAAAUCAGUGCAUGAAUAACGCUCUCGGUCAUUAAGGCACAAUUGUGAAAUAUUACGCAUACGCCAUGGAAAUUUAUUGGUAAAUUAAUAACCGAAUACAGGCGGCUACUACCGCAACCCCAACCGCAGCCGCAGCAACCAACUGCUACUGUUGCUCCCAAGCUGCGCCGGCUGCCGUCACCGCGUUUAGCAUAAAGGUUAGACAAAUAUAACCGACCGGUUUUUUGGGUUAAUUAAUAUGCCUUGGGUCAGGUCAAUAUUGCGUCGAGGCAAGUGGCAACUGGAGAUCGGAGAACAGAGGCCGUAGACUGGAGACUGGAGACUGGAGAAGACGCCGGAGGAUGACGAUGGAUGAUGGGCAGACGGGGAGGUCAGGUUUAAUGACCCAAACGCAUAUGCAAAUGAGUAAAAGUAAAUAAAGUGAGAAGUUGCCUUAAUUAUCGCUGAUCGACGCUUCGAAUGCCCUGCAGCUACUGUGGGGUAAUUUUUGUAAAGACUGUGUCUUAGCCCCAAUCUGGGGUUUACCCAUGGGAAGAAUUACAUGAAACACUUGGCGAAUUAAUCAUUUUUAAUUAUUCCAAGCCAAAAAAGAAAAGAAAUUUCCACACACCCAUAAGGGUAAUGAA